GCGCCGCACGCCUGUUCCGUGCUCGCGCAAUUCAAGCGGGGCGUGCGCAUUCGUUUUGCCGAGCGUUGCUUGCGUCGAGCAUUACAGCGUCCAGAUACGCGCAAAAUGUCUUCGUCGCAGGUCAGCUCGAGUUCCGAGAAGAAACACGCCUGUGUCGCGGCGAAGGAAGUUCCCGCGUGGACCGAUGCUUCGAGUAUACAGCUCGGCUCUGUCAAGAUCGGCUGCCUGCUGUUAGUCCUAACAGUAAUGACUGUGGCGCUGUAUUUGAUCACAAUGCCACCUUCACAUAGGCAGGAUGGCGCGAUAGCCACUCUAAUGGACGAGGACGACGAAGCAGUCAGCAAGGACAGGGUAGCGUGAAGUUGCGGCCCGCGAUACGUAGUCUUCCGCCAGCCAGAGACGAGCGGCCGGCAUCGACCAGGCGCAUUUCCACCAUCGAGGCCGCGGAAUCCGAAACCAGCAGCGACGUCGGCGUGGCCGAACAUGCAACGGAGCGGAUGGAUGCACCACAGAUUAUCACCCAGGCGGAGCCGCGUGGCCCCUGCACGGAAAAGGCCCAGUUCGGCUUGUGCACGAAUGAGAACCGCCACGAAUUCUUCUUUGACACCGAGAAGCGAAAGUGCCGUUCCAAAGCCCGGCAGCUGCCACCCUCUUGCCUUGCUGGUCAGAACCGGUUCAAGUCCUUCCGAGAUUGCAGGCUCGCUUGCCUGAACCAGGCACCAGAACAAAAGUGCGCCGCUGAGCCGGUGUAUCAGAGGUGCACCGCAGAGGACAUCGCGCGGCAGUGGUGGUACCUCAAGGACGGGAGGUGUCAUUCGUGGAAGUUCCCGAAUUCCAACUGCGUGUCGCCCAGGCUGGCACUGUUCGAGCGCCAGGAGGACUGCCACAACCUGUGCGUAGCGGGGAAGCCCAUCGCUCGACACCCGUCCUGCAGCGAGACGCCCGUGCAGCACGUUUGCACCGCGCUCCAUAUGGUCUACCCGGUGCUGGCUAGGUCCACCCACAAAAGGCUCACCUGCGUUCAGACGGACCACUCGGAGCCGAAGUGCCUGACCGGACCUAAUCGGUUCAAAACCAAGGAGGACUGCCAGAAAGCAUGCCUGCAGGCGUGACGUUCUUGCUAUGUCCGACUUCCCUGAUAAACGUUUUUGCGCGCUAAAGCUUUGAGCAUAUUGAACGAACUUUUGACUGCCGAA